AUGUCGAGAGUUAUAGUAUUUCAGAAGUAUGUUGCAUCUCCUAAACUGCCCAUUUCAGAAUACGCAAUCAAGCCCCAAACUUCGCACAUCUUGGAAACUGUAAUUGAGUCAAAAUUAGUCAAAAUAACAACUCUCAGUCCUUCUAAGACAACAGCAAGCUGUCUUUCCCUUUCAGCUUUAUUCACGGUGACAGUCCCUAAGGAAGUGUACACAAUAGAGUUCGGCAGCAACGUGAGCCUGGAGUGUGAUUUUGACCACAGAGAAUGCACGGGGCUCGGAGAAAUAAGAGUCAGUUUGCAGAAGGUAGAAAAUGAUACCUCUUCGCCAAGUGAGAGAGCCACCCUACUGAAGGAGGUGCUGCCCCUGGGGAAGGCCUUGUUCCACAUCUCCAGUGUCCAAGUGAAGGAUGCGGGGCAGUACCGCUGUCUGGUCAUCUGCGGGGCCGCCUGGGACUACAAGUACCUGACGGUCAAGGUCAAAGCUUCUUACAAGAAUAUAGACACUAGGAUCCUAGAGUUCCCAGGAACAGGGGAGGUGCAGCUCACCUGCCAGGCUAGAGGUUACCCCCUGGCAGAAGUGUCCUGGCUUAACGUCAGUGUUCCUGCCAACACCAGCCACAUCAAGACCCCUGAAGGCCUCUACCAGAUCACCAGUGUUCUGCACCUAAAACCACAGCCUGGCAGAAACAUCAGCUGCGUGUUCUGGAAUGCUCACAUGAAGGAGCUUACUUCAGCCAUCAUUGGCCCUCUGGGUUGGACUGAACCUAAGGUCCCCAGAACAUCACCACUUCACGUUGUCAUCCCAUCGUGCAUCAUUGCUUUAAUCUUCCUAGCUGCAGUGAUAGCCCUGAGAAAGAAGCUCUGUGGAAAGCUGUGUCCUAGAAAUAGUCGCCUGCAGAAGCUGGAGGAAGGUGUCACAUCCCCUGGAGCUGGAGCUCCAAGCCGUGGAGAGCUGCUCCACAAGGGUCCUCUGCAAAAGCACACGCUCCUCCGCUGGCAUGGCCAUGGGGGGGGGGUGACCAGCCACAAGGGGCAGCGCCGUGGCAUAACCAACAUUGGUGCCGUUCAGACUCGGAUUCACCACCGAACACCAAGGACCUGCUGA